UGUUUAGCUAUUUGGCCCCGAGGCCCGAAUGGGCAGAGUUUAGUCUAGCAUGAGACAGCAGAGGGUGAGCACCCUAGUUUUCAUACACUAAAGGUGCUGAGGGGUGAAACACUAACACAGAACAUAGCGGAGGAAGACACCAUCACGUACACAGCAUGUUCAAGACCAGCUACCUGCGCGAAGUGCGCAAGGAGAAGUAUGAGCACUCCGAUGUCUUUGAGGAGCCCAGCAGUCCAGAGAUGGAGCUGGCUCCUGUCAGUGGGCCCUCAGCAGUGGCCGCUCCGGGCUGGGACAGCCUGCAACAGCUAAACAGUCGCUUUGCACGUUACAUCAACCGGGCGCGCGUGCUGGAACAACGGAACGCCGUGUUCCGAAAGCAACUGGAGACCUUGCAGCGCAUGGAGGAGGCGCCCGAACUAGAGGAGGCCUUCAGCGAGCAGAUCAGCAUCAACAGGCAGCGCAUUCGAGAACUGCUGUCUGAUCGCGCCAAGCUGGAGAGAGAACUCAAAGAUGCCGAACGCAUGUUGGAUGAGUACAACAGCAGAUACAAAAAUGAAUGUGAAUAUCAGGAGCAGCUGCGGAGCACACUGGAACAGCUCAAUAAGGAGGCCGACACAGUACUAUUGAGGAACCUUGAGUAUCAAAUCCAGCUGCAGUUCCUGCAAGACGAUGUCAAUGCUACCAAAGAGAGGCACAAAAAGAAUCUUGCUGAGAUCCAGACCUAUCUCAACAUCCUGCAGCAGAUCAAACAGACUAUUCCCCUCAUGGCAAACAUGUCUGUCUCAGAGGAGCAGGAGAGGUUGAUCGCUCAGAGGCAGGUGCCUGCCCUGAGGAGUCAGCUGGACGAGUAUAAGAGCACCAUCUGCCAGCUACAGGUGCAAAAACAGCGACUGCAGACAGAGAUGUCAGUGUUGGAACAGACCAUCAAAACCACACAGGAGAACUAUGACGAUGAGAUCCAGCUGUACAACGAACAGAUCGAGUCUCUCAGGAAGGAGAUUGAAGAGGCUGAGAGGUCACUCGAGAAGUACACCAACAAGUGUCGACAGCUGGCCAUAUACCACACCUCAUUGGAAAAUGAACUCGAGAGAUACAAGAGGAUCAUUGAGAACGAAGACAACAGAUUGAAUUCAGCAAUAAUUGGUACACCCAUCACCCUGUUCACAUCCAAUUAUAAAUGCACCCAUAGUCCUACCAUGAGCAGGAAAGGAAAAGAUAUUACCCAAGCAAUCCAAGAUAUCACUAACGUAAAGCCUCGUCAGAAGAACUUGGCUAAGAAAGUGUUUAAAAAGAAGGAGAUCACUUCCAAAGGAGUACUAGAAGGUGGACUAGAAGAGAGAGCAGUUGAGGAGUUUGAGGAGGAGGAGAAAGUACAGGUCAUAGAGGAGCAAGUUGCAAAAAGAGAGGAGCAUGUUCCUCACGAGGAUGUGCCCGAUGGCGCCCAGAUCAGCAAGGCCUUCGACACGCUCUGUAACAUCAUACGAGACCGCAUGAGGAGGGUUAAGAGACCAGAGCCCAUCGCUGACUUCUUUACCAAAGGCCGCUAUGUCCUGGUGAUGGGCGACUCUAACUACUUGGACCCCUGCUUCGUCUCAACCACCCCUUCCGCCAGUCACGUCUUCGUUACAAUCCGAGAUGGCAUGAUGCCUUAUGAUCCUUAUUGGAGCGGUACACCCUCACCUUCCCCCAGUCCCCCAUCUGGACCAACACCCCUAACCCCUUCCUCACCCUCAGAUGAUGCAGAACCAGGGAAGGGGAAAGAUGAUGGACAUGGUGAUAGAGGAAAAUCCAAAAAUGGAGAGCCUCAUCCAAAGGCAAAAGAACCUGAACCGAGCCCUAGUCCACCACCAGGUCCUCAUGAUAACAAAGGUUCAAGCCCUCCUCCAGGACCCAGGCAGCCCUUGCCCCAACGUGGAAGCAAGAGCAAGAACUCUGAGGAUCCCAGCAGCUUCCAAGGGCCUCCACCCAUGCCAUCACACAGUUCCAUCCCACCUGAUUCCAUGAGCUAUGAGAAGGUAGAAGUAGUGGAGUCUGUGGAGAAGCUCUCAUCUGACAAAAAAGUGAAGGGCUAUGAGGAGACAACCACAGUGGUGGAGACCAUGAUCGAAAAGACCAGCAGGAAGAAACACACCGAUAGAUCUUCUUAAGCCACGCCUGCCAUGGACCUGCUCCGGUUUUGCCUCCUGACUGCCGUUGAUGAGAUUUCUAAUGCUGUUGUUCACUUCCUGCACAACUGCCUUUGGCCUUUACUGUCUGAAAACUUGGGAACUGAAUAAAGAAAAGCCCCAUCUUCCCCUUCACAUGAACAGAUAUUUUGACAUAGUGCCAGUUUCAACUGGAGUCAUACAGUUACUUCAAUUGACUUAUCACCCUCUUCUGCCCUUUCCUUCAGAUCAAAGUACAGAAAAUCUUCAGAGUUUUAUUUCCUAUCGUUUUGUUCGAUUAGGAUGCCAGCAUUGCCCACCAGUCUUGAUGUGUAUUAAUUGCGGCACAAAUAAAUAUCAAAGCUUACAAAAAUCUUAA